UGCUUUACGUCAUCAUACGUCACCAGGAAGUCCACUGUAACCAAGGCGGCAUCAUGGCAGAAAACACAGACCCACGCUUUGAUGGAGCUGCAGAGGAGAUGCCCGAGCUUUCUGACGGCGAUGAUGAAGACAUUGAUGAUGAUGAAGAAGAGCAGUGGAUGGAGGAGGAGGAGGAGGAAGAGGGCAGUCAGCCUGUUACCUGUUUGUUCUGCGACAGGUUGCUGAGCUCUGUGCCUGCCACCCUGCAGCACUGCACAGCUGAGCACCAAGUCGACCUGGUAGAAGUGAUAAGACGACACAGUUUGGACGACUACGGUUACAUUAAAAUGAUCAACUUCAUACGAUCCACUAAAUGCGACGCAUCCAGUCUUACGGGGCUACCGGACGCUCCCUUACCCUGGGAGAGUGAAGACUUCCUGCGACCUGUCCUACAGGAUGACCUCCUGCUGCAGACAGACCCUGAGGAGCUCUGUAGUGUUGGGGGGUCAGUCCUGUCUACGUGCCCGUCUUCUGGGGGAGAGUCCCAUAAUGCAGUGCUGCAGAGGGCACAGGCCGCUGAGGAGAGAGCUCGUCGCUCGGAGGAGGCGCUGGCCCGAGCCAUGGAUGACCUACACAAACUCAAGCUGCUGGCUCAGGGUUUGGUGCUGAACGCAGGGACGGGCAAAUCCGGCAACCUGGGCACCGUGGCCGAGCUCCGAGAGGACGAAGACGAGGCCUACUUCAGCUCCUACGGGCAUUACAGCAUCCACGAGGAGAUGCUGAAGGACAAAGUGCGCACAGAGAGCUACCGCGACUUCAUGUACCGCAACCCUGAAGUGUUCAAAGACAAGGUGGUGCUCGACGUUGGCUGCGGAACGUGCAUAUUGUCCAUGUUUGCUGCCAAAUCUGGGGCCAAGAAGGUCAUAGCAGUGGACCAAUCAGAAAUCAUCUAUCAGGCCAUGGACAUAGUCCGAUCCAACAAACUGGAGGAUAAGAUCACCCUGAUAAAAGGCCGGAUAGAAGACAUCAACCUCCCCGUGGAGAAGGUGGACAUAAUCAUCUCAGAAUGGAUGGGCUACUUCUUACUGUUUGAGUCCAUGUUGGACUCUGUCCUGUACGCAAGAGACCUCUACCUGGCUGACACAGGCUCAGUCUAUCCCGACCUUUGUAACAUCAGUCUGGCAGCAGUCGGAGACACGGAGAAGCACCGAGGCCGCAUUGCAUUCUGGGAUGAUGUGUACGGCUUCAACAUGUCGUGCAUGAAGAAGGCUGUGGUACCCGAGGCGGUGGUGGAAGUGUUGAAAGCAGACACACUCAUCUCUGAACCUACAGUCAUACAGACGAUUGACUGUAACAAAGUGUGUCUGUCUGAACUGGAGUUCACAUCAGAUUUCUGCUUGAAGAUAACAAACACCACAGACUGUACGGCAAUUGUCGGCUACUUUGACAUUUUCUUUGACAAAGGCUGCAGCAACAAGGUGAUGUUCUCCACGGGUCCUCAGGUCACAAAGACGCACUGGAAACAGACUGUCUUCCUAUUGGAGAGGCCUGUCCCUGUCAAAGCAGGGGAGGAGCUUCGAGGAAAGAUCACAGUGCGUAAAAACAAGAAGGACCCUCGCUCCCUGCUGGUCACUUUUGACCUCAGAGACAGGAAGCAGACUUACAGCCUGCAGUAACACCAACCUCCACAGAGGGCAGCAUCAAGCAAAUAAAGUCUGUUUCUUAAUGUAUUCACAACAGUAGGCAGGAUAUUGAAACUGUAUUUUAGUUCAUGUAAAGAUUGUUUCUGCGCCUUGUAAUAAAAAGAACAGUUGUAUAA